CUCAAAUGCUUGGAUUCUUGAAAUUAAUUAAUUAAUUGUCACCAUUGGUUAUCACUAAGGACAUUGCUAUUUUUCAGUUUUUACCGAGAGGUUAAACAGCCUAAUGUUCAGGUUAAUUAACUUCAUUUUCACUUUACAUUCAUUUGUCAUCCAAUGAAGUUUGGCUUAAAAGAAAUGGAAUCAAAACCACUAAGAGUUAAAAAAAAUCUAAUAAUAACAUAACCUUAAAAGCAAAUACAAUACAUACGUAACUAAACAUAGCAGAGUUGAUUCAUAAACGACGGUAGCCCCAAAAUAUGCCGCCUAAACAAGCUAAGAAAACUCUUUGGGUUGAAUGUGAGAAAUGUGGAUGCAGCGUAACGUCAAACGACAAGAAUGUUCACACGGAAUUGAAUUGUGCAAAAGAUCAAGUGAAAUGCCCAUUUAUUUAUAACGGAGAGCUAAAUACAUGGCUCGAAAGGACCGGAUCCCCCGCUGAUGGAAUUCCUAGAGACGCUGUUAUGGUACAUCCUUCGGCUGGUUCGCUUAUAAAUGCAGUUAUUGGAGGAGCAUUACAACUAACCCGCGAGGGUGCACCAGCGAUGUUGAAGCGUAUGUGGCCCUCCAAAACGUCUUCCCCAGCUGCUGUCAUACUUCCUGCCGCUGACAUUCCUGCGUCAUGGAAAAAUGAAAAUAAGAAAAUUACAGUAGCAGUUCUACAAGAAAAUGUAAGUGAAGCCACGGAAGUCAUAAUAAAAAUAAAAAAUAACAAAAUCAAAACAGACAUCUGUGACAUAUUGAAACAUCAUUUCUAUAAAAAUUAUGUAGCAGUCGGUACUAUACUAGUGUAUUAUUAUUUUGGUAAAAGAUUGGAGAUAGAAGUGAUCACUGUGAAGUCCAAAGAUGAAAGUGAUAACUCUAGUAAAGACUGGUUUGUUCUCAGUAAUGAAACAAUUUGGAGUAUGAGUAAAGAAUCUGAACCAAAAACACAAAAGAAACCAAUUUCAUUAGGUGGAGUUGAUGAUAUUGUGGAAGAAAUCCAGACAUACAUUAAAAUAUCCUUUAAUGAGGCUGGUUUAAAAGCUAGUUUCCAACCAACUAGAGGAUUACUUAUUUAUGGACAUUCAGGGAUUGGGAAAACUGCCAUCUGUAAAUACUUAAUUGAGAAUUUCAAAUGUUUCCAUGUAGAAAUAAAUGGACCAGCAAUAUUUAGCAAAUAUUUUGGAGAAACAGAAAACACAAUGAAAAGUUUAUUUGACAAGGCCGUUAAUAAUCAACCAAGCAUUAUAUUAGUUGAUGAAAUUGAAACUAUAUGUCCCAGGCGCUCAUCUGGGAGUACUGAACAAGAGAGACGCAUUACUUCAGCCUUUGUAUCAUUUUUAGACAGUUUACAUGAUGAAAAUUGCAAGGUCUUUGUACUAGCUACAACCAGAAAGCCUGAAGCCAUAGAUCCUAUGUUAAGGAGGUUUGGAAGAUUAGACAAAGAAAUAGAAAUACCGGUUCCAGACAGAGUGCGGAGGAAAGAUAUCUUGUAUAGCUUACUGAAAAAUUUACCAAAUCAGAUGUCUUCGCAAGAUAUUGAGACAAUAUCGGAUAUUGCUCAUGGAUAUGUAGCUGCUGAUAUAGUGAAUCUGUGUACACAAGCUGCCAUGAAAUGCAUAAAGCGUUCAGCUAAAAACAUUGAGAAGGAGGACUUGAUUGCAGCAGUGACAAUAGUCAGACCAAGCGCUAUGAGGGAGCUUUUAAUAGAAGUACCUAAUAUUAGAUGGGCAGAUAUUGGUGGUAUGGCAGAUCUGAAGUUAAAAUUACGACAGGCUGUCGAAUGGCCAUUGAAGCACGCUGAAAGCUUCAAGAGGCUGGGAGUGAAGCCUCCAGGCGGAGUAUUGAUGUAUGGACCUCCAGGUUGCUCUAAAACUAUGAUAGCUAAAGCUUUAGCAACAGAAAGUGGCCUUAAUUUUUUGUCUAUUAAAGGUCCUGAACUGUUUUCGAAAUGGGUGGGAGAAUCUGAGCGGGCUGUCCGAGAUUUGUUCACUAAAGCACGCCAAGUGGCACCGUCUGUGAUAUUUUUUGACGAGAUGGAUGCCAUAGGCGGUGAAAGGGGUGCAGGGGAGGCCGGUGUGCAUGAACGAGUGCUGGCACAACUCCUCACUGAGUUAGAUGGUGUUGUACCUCUAAAUUCUGUGACUAUUUUAGCUGCUACCAACAGACCGGACAGGAUGGAUAGAGCACUACUUCGACCUGGAAGACUAGAUCGAUUGAUCUACGUGCCUUUACCGGACAUAGAGACGAGACUACAGAUCUUGGAACUGAAGCUUCAAACAAUGAGUAUUGGUGACGAUGUUAACCCUCAUGCUUUAGCGUCAAGAACCGAGGGAUUUUCUGGAGCCGAGUUGAAUGCAUUAUGUCAGGAAGCUGCUUUGAGGGCUCUAGAAAAAGAUCUCGACUGUGCAGAAGUUACUAUGACUUAUUUCGAGGAUGUUUUAAGAAACUUUAAACCCAGAACACCUCAUACAUUACUGAAAGUCUAUGAAGAAUUCUGUCUCGGGUAGAAAUCUGUGUGAAACGAAAUGAAAGUGCCUUAUCUUAUUUUACCAUUUAUAUUUACUAAUCAGAAAACAAAACUAUUUGUAUAGUAAUUAUGUAUUUAUAUAAAUUAAUAAUUUAAUCUAGUCCUUAUAUUUUACAGAAUAAGUCAUAAGUUAUAAUAAGUUGACAAGUCAACAUUUUUAUAAUAUUGAUUUGAUGAAUACAGAUAAACUAGUGGUUCUUUGUUAUUUUAAUUACAAAUACUGGCUUGGUUUCGUCAUUACUAUCAAAUGCCGACUAAGGCUCCAUUGUUAUAACGAAAUUAACAACAAAUUUGCUUGUCUGAAAUGCGAAAAUUUUUCUAUCAUAUUGUUGUGACCACCGGUAAAUGCAUAAAAUAUACCUAAGUGUUGAAGCUCCACGCGCGCCCUCUGUCGAAGGCUGAAGGUUGCCGCUAUGUCGCAAACGUCAUUACAAGUCAAGUUAAAUGAAAAUUGUAUGGAGUUGGACAAAACUUCCCUUUGUUUGCCACUAGGGGCGCUGUUCCAACUCCAUACAAAUUGGAGUUAACUUUUACGCGAUUGAAAACGUUAAAAAACUCGCACUAAGUACACACAUAGUUUUUACGGCGAUCGUAUAUAAUAUAAUGGAGGACAACACACAAAGAAAAAUAUCUUUACAGACUUAGAUAAAUGAAAAGGAAUAAAAUGAAGCAAACAGAUGCGUAAAGUACAUAUUAUUUUAUAUUAGCGAUUUAUUUUUUGUACACAACACACAAAGAUGAAUUUUGUAUUAAAUGCAGAUCUUGUUUGUUACGAGUUACUUGUAAUGAGUUUACUAAUGUAAUCGUUAGCUUUACAAUUUUCGAAUUUGAAAGAAAUGCGAUAUUUUUUCGAUUACAUUUUUAACCAAAUCCCACUAAGACCACAAACAAUAAACUAAUAUUUUUUGUUUGAAAAAUUUUACUCCAAAAUUCCUUAAUUUUAUAAUAUUGGAAUACAGGAAAAAUACAAACAGUUAAUUUCA